UGUGUUAUCAAAACGGAUAAUAAAAUAAACAUCAGCCGAGCUGCUGUCGCGAAAGGAACCACGUAUGCAUAGCAGAAAUUUUGCAUUUUGGUGACAUUUUACAUUUGUUGAACUUCUGAAAACACCGUGAUUUGAUUCAUCAGAUUCUCUGCACUCUUGAUCGACACAAUUAUGGAGGAAGACGGAUUUGAUCCAUGCGAGUGCAUUUGGAACCAUGAAAUGGCCAUGCGUCGACUUUUAUCUAUUCUACGUCAAGGGCAGUCUUACUGCACAGAUAAUGAAUGCGCCGAUGAAUUACCUGGCUUGACUGGGCCACAAACAGCGGGAGGCAAUAAUGGAGGUCUGUUCCUGAUGAUGAUGUGCUGGGUGUUGCUGGCAGUCGUUUUGUACCUGAUGCGACCGGGUUCCUUGCGUAGAUCAGCACUGGAUUCAAAAUCAAAUAAUGACAACUCGGGCCAGCACGAUCAUCCACCACCAGGUCCUGCCCUGAUGUAAUGUCGACCCAGUUUACCUAGCCAGAGAAAAUUGAUCUAAAAUCAGUGUGGGUAAUUUCUGUGAAUUUGCAUGUGAUAAAUUGCAAUGAUUAGUCGGCACGAUGGCGAUAUAUUGCAUUUCAAGAUAAUAAUUAUGUUUUUUAAAUUAUGAAAGUAAUUAGUUUCUCCAGACAAAUUUUAUUUAAACCGACCAAUAUCUGCGGUGCAUUUUACCUCUUUUGAAUUGAACCAAAUAAUAUUUCUUAAUGGGAAUCUCCUAAUUAUUCUAAUCCAAAACAAUUAGGUUACAGCAAAAUAAAUAAUAUAUAAAAAUUAUAGAUCCUCUACUCAAAGUGUAAAUAUGUUGUACCUCAAUAAUUAUUACUGUAACAAAAUUUCCAAUAAAAUUUAAUUAAUCAGG